CUAAUUAUAUUUUAUAAUCAAACAGAAGCUGUUCGUGGAUCGUCAGUCAAAGUGGCCGGACGUGAUGUGCUUGCGACGUGGAAAUUACUAGUUGCUCUUGUUGUUACACCAACCCUUUAUGGCUUCUAUACAUUCAUUGUAGUACUCAUUUCAUUUAAAUGUAAAUGGAUAUUAAAAUGGAAAGUUUUUGCUCCUAUAUCGACUUUUUGCAUUUUAGUUACGGGAAGCUAUGUAACGAUUAGAUUGUAUGAAAGCGGAAUUGAUAUUUACAAAUCAAUUCAUCCACUUUUCCUGUCAUUACUUCCAUGGGCCAAAUCUUCUAAAAAAUUACGCACAGUUCGUGAACAACUGUCAACCGAUAUUACUAAUCUUAUUAAUGAAUCGGCACCACAAAUUUAUCACGAUUUGAUGCUGAAAGAAUAG